GUAAUAGAUAAUAACAUGACACGCAUGGCAGGUGCCGCCAAAAGGGCAGUGACCAUAGCAACUAGCAUCGUCACCUCAUUACUCGCGCCUGGCCACACCGCACUCCACACCCAAACAAAGCAACCGCCUUUGCUGCCCCCGCACCACACUAACUCUCUCCCCCCCUCGUUGCGGACUGCUGUCCUCCCUUCACCCUCCCCCUACCACCACGAGCCAAAACUAUUUGACUGUCUCUCUAUUUUUAUUUUAAAAAAAUGAAAUUUUUUUUGAAUCUGCUCUCAUUUUCUCUAUUAUUCCCUGUUAAAUAAGAAGUAGUUAACUGGGAUUUACAAAAAAAAAAAAAAAAAAAAGGGUUCAGAUUCGGUUUUCUUCUCCUGAAUUCUCAAAUAAUCUUCAGCCGUUUGAUGUCUUUAUUUAACGGUGAUAAGGGGGUAAACGGUGUGUGAGUUCCAAGCUAGAUCUGGUUUUGCAGAGGUGACAAAACACGACGUGCGAUUGUAGAGAUCUGGUAUUGUAAUUGCAGAAUAAGAAUUCUGCAGAUCUUGUUUUUGAUAUCCUGAUCGGGGGGGCGAGAAGAGAAACGGAGACGACGGAGAUGGAUUUGGAUGAGUUUCGGGUGGUUCUGGAGAGCACUGGCGUCGACGUUUGGGAUUUCAUCGACGCGGCCAUCGCCGUCGCUUCUUCGGACUACGGGCACGAGCUCAAGGAUCACAGGGACGGAAUCGUCGAGCGGCUCUACGCCGCUUCAGCUACGCGGUGCCGGAACUGCGGUGGCGAUCCGCGGAGAAUCGGCGGCGGCAGUUGCGAUGCGAAGAAUUCGGACGAGAAAGAGAGUAGCCCUGGGAUGGAUGGUUCUCCUGUUAGUCCACAGUCGUUUGGCCGGGACGAAGAUCAUGAGGAUGAAGACCAGAGAUGCGGACGAUCGAUCGAUGAUGAACAGACAAAGAUUUUGGCGAUCAAGGAGCAUCUCGAAGAUCCUGAUCAGUCCGAAGAUUCUCUGGUGGAGCUCCUUCAAAGCCUUGCAGACAUGGAUAUUACGUUCGGAGCUCUUAAGGAAACUGACAUCGGAAGGCAUGUGAAUCGAUUGAGGAAGCAUUCAUCGAACGAUGUGCGGAGAUUGGUGAAACACCUUGUCAGGAAAUGGAAAGAUCUCGUAGACGAAUGGGUGAAGCAGAACACACCGGAAGGAGAGAUCGCAUCCUCUGCGCUCAUAGCUGAUGCAGACUCUCCUCAGCAGAAACAUCCCCAGAACGGCCAUCACCAGGUUCCUGAUUUCGCGUAUUCUCCGAAUCCACACAAUGGGAGUUCUGUUUCUGACAAGAACAAUGCAGACCCCGAGCCCAAGAGUAAGCCAAUGCCUCGAAGGGAAGCUCCACCUGCCAAACCAGCUCAACAAUCCUUUCAUGGAUCUGCUUCUGCCCCUCUGAAUAAACAAAGAGAAAAGGACGACAUUGAUCUUGAAAGGCUAGCUUCGGCAAGAAAGCGGCUUCAACAGAACUACCAAGAUGCUCAAAAUGCCAAAAAGCAAAGAACAAUUCAGGUGAUGGACAUUCACGAGAUACCAAAGCCCAAGAACGCCUUCUUUGCGAAGAACAAAGGCGGUGGUGGGGUUCAUGGGAGGCACUGGUGAUUCAUUGGGGCCAAAACCACACAGUGAGAGACACACACACAUGCAUGCGAGGCCUUUUUCUUUCUGGAAACACCGGGAAAAACGCAAACCGGUUUAUCCUGUUAAUUAUUUCUUUUUUUUCAAUAAAUGAUUUUUUUUUCUUGAUAAAUAACCAAAAUUCUAAAACUUUUUAUAUAUAUAGUUUUUAAGGUCAA